AUGGCUCAAACUUCCGUCACCAGCUUAUCUCCUUUGAAUAAAAUGAGUGGUCGGAUGCAAAAUGCAACAGCAGUGCUCUUUGGUAAAACUGCAAGCGAUGAUGAAGUGAAACGGGAACAGAAAUCAACGGAGAAAGAGAAACGAAAAGAAAAGAAAACAAAUCCAAAACCUUUCUUAGUUUUGAAAUUUAAAUCACAUCGACUGUGGUCAAAUGAUAAACGUCUCCAAAGGAAAUCUUUACAAAACACUUUAAAGCCUAAGAUUAACGAUUUGGAAACAUGA